CAGAUACAGAAAGAGUUUAUAGAGACUCAUCAGUACAGUAUAUUUCCAGCCAGUAUGCUGCAGUUCCUGAUUAUCUUUCUGCUUCUGGGCAGAACAACUGUCACUAGUGGAGGUAAUAUCAGGUUGGUGAAUGGCAAUGACAUUUGUUCAGGACGAGUGGAGGUUCUUCAUAAUGGAACAUGGGGAACAGUGUGUGAUGAUUACUGGGAUAUAUCAGAUGCUGCAGUGGUGUGUAGAGAACUGGGCUGUGGAAAUGCGAUAGAGGUAAAGACUAAUGCAUAUUUUGGACAAGGUUCAGGACAAAUAUGGAUGGAUAAUGUAACUUGUUAUGGCACGGAGUCCUCACUGAUGAACUGUGGAAGUGCAGGAUGGGGCGUACAUGACUGUGUACAUACGGAAGACACUGGAGUCAUUUGCCAUGCCUAUGUCAGGUUGGUAAACGGCAGUAACUCUUGUUCUGGGCGAGUGGAGGUUCUUUAUAAUGGAACAUGGGGAACAGUGUGUGAUGAUGAGUGGGAUCUUUUAGACGCUGCAGUGGUGUGUAAAGAGCUGGGCUGUAUAGAUGCUGUAGAGGAAAAGAAUUCGGCAUAUUUUGGACAAGGUGCAGGACAAAUAUGGAUGGAUAACGUAAACUGUGUUGGCACUGAGUCAUCACUGACAAACUGUGAAAGACAGGCAUGGGGAUCACACAACUGUGAACAUCAUGAAGAUGCUGGAGUCAUCUGCCAGUGGUAUGUACGGUUGGUAAAUGGGACUGACUCUUGUUCUGGACGAGUGGAGAUUCAUCAUAAUGGAACAUGGGGAACAGUGUGUGAUGAUCGCUGGGAUUCAUUAGACGCUACAGUGGUGUGUAGAGAACUGGGCUGUGGAUAUGCUAGAGAGGCAAAGACUAAUGCUUAUUUUGGACAAGGUUCAGGACAAAUAUGGUUGGAUGAAAUAAACUGUACUGGAACCGAGUCUACUCUAAAAAGCUGUAAAUCAAAGAAAUGGGGGGAACAAAACUGUGAACAUCAUGAAGAUGCUGGAGUCAUCUGUCAAUAUAACUUCAUCUAUAUCAAUGAAUUAAAAAGCUGGAUUGAUGCACUGAAGUAUUGCCAAACUCACCAUCAGACUCUUGCUCACAUAUUAAAUGCUACAGCACAGACGUACAUCACACGGAUGCUGCAGGGUAUAGAAAUGACCAAAGGCGUGUGGAUAGGACUUCAAAGAAAAAUGCUGAUCAAUUCAUCCCCUUGGCUGUGGACCGAUGGGUCUCUUGUAAACUAUGCUUUGUGGCAUCCCAGUUUUCCCCUGAAUCCAAUGGGCAGGUUUUGUGGGAAACUGCUUAAGAAUACAACAAGUAACACAUUUAGAUGGGUGGAUGAUUGCUGCUUUCAGAGCCUUCCUUUCAUUUGUCAGGGAUGAAACACUUGGUGGCACUACGUCCAACUUUUGGAGUCUUUGACUGAUGCUGAGAGAUAUUUAGGCUGUCAUGAUUCUUUUUUUAUCUUUGUUUUUAAAUUUGUUUCAAUAAAAUGCUCUGAUUGGUGGUAUGUAACUCAUAUGUAAUGUUCUUGAAUCUUGAAAUCUUAUGAAAAAAAUGUAUAGGCCUUUCCUUUGUCAACUUAAAUGAAAUGCAUGGCUAAUAAACCAACUAUAAGUAAAUGUUUGCUAUUUUUUAUUUAAUAGCAUAAUUCUAUUCUAUAUUUUCUAUUGAUUUAAUAUUAUAUUGUAAAAAAUGUGUGCAAAA